UUUUGACCAUGACAAGCGAAGCGACAUCCUUGCUACCACCCCGCACACCGACCGACAGCGACAGCGACGUCGAGGCAGCUCUCACCAUCGAGACGCCGAUGAAUCCGCGCACUGAGAUCCUCGCUCUCCUCCACUUGGCUGGCCCUAUGUUUGCGACCUUCUUGCUCGAGAUCUUGCCGGGUUUCCUCUCCAUCGUGCUCGUGGGACACAUGAACUCGCCGCACACCAAAGAGUUUGUGGACGCUGCCACCAUGUCGACUGUCUUCUUCAACGUCUGCGGCCUCUCGAUCGGCGUCGGCCUCACAACGGCCAUGGACACACUCUGCUCACAGUGCGUCGGUGCCGGCAAGGAGCACCUUCUCGGCAUGUACCUCCAAAGCGGCCUCGUUGUUCUCCUGCUGGCGUACGUGCCGAUGCUGGUGCUGAAUUGGCACACGACGUACUUUCUCGAAGCCUUGGGACAGGACCCGAUGGUCGCGACGCUCGCGGGCGACUUUUCCUGCAUCACCAUCUUCUCGCUGCCACUCAUCUUUGUCUACGAGCUUCUCAAGAAGGUGCUCCAGGCCCAGGAGAUCGUGUCGCCCAUGGUCUACAUUGCGGUCCUCAGCAACUUUAUCUUUGUCGCUGUCGGUUAUUACCUCUGCUACGUCACCGACAUUGGAUUCCUCGGAGCUGCGUAUGCUCGGGUCUGGUGUACUGCUUCGAUGCCGAUCCUGGCACUCCUCUACUUGGCGUGGCGCCCAGUGUACAAGUCGUGGUGGCCCACCGACACGUCGGCCGCGAGUCAGUGGCGCGACGCAGUCGCUCACGUUCCCGAAUUCAUCACCCUCGGUAUUCCAGGCAUGCUCAUGAUGCUCAUGGAGUGGUGGGCGUUAGAGAUCCUUGCUUUCAUGGCGGGAUGGCUGCCGUCCCCUGUGCUCUCGCUCAGUGUCCACUCGGUUUUGGUCAACAUUACGUCGCUCGUCUACAGCGUCUACUUUGGCAUCUCGGAGGCGACAACUGUCCGUAUCGGUCUUGCCCUCGGCGCUAACGAGCCCAUGCGUGCACGCGCCAUCAGCGGGUUGGCCCAACGCGUCGCAUUUGUGGCCGCGCUGCUCGUCGCCAGCUUCUUCGUUUUGACGCACAAUGUGCUGCCCGCCCUCUUUAUCAACGACCCCGACUCGAUUGCAGAAACGCAGCGCGCCUUAUAUCUGCUCGCACUCUUCGAGUUCGUCGACGGCACAAACUGCGUUGUCCAAGGAAUUUUGCGAGGCAUGGGUCGCCAGUCCAUUGGUGCCUACGUAAAUGCGGCUGCGUACUACGCUGUGGGCAUCCCCAUGGCGGCUCUCUUUGGCUUUUACUUUGAGGGCAACGUGUUCGGUCUCUGGGCUGGUAUUGCCCUUGGCCUCCUUACGGCGUGCUGCAUCUUUUCGUGGAUUUUGCGGGGCACGGACUGGCGCGCGGCCGCCAGGAAUACAUUUGAGCGCAUGGCCGACACGUCGUCCAAGUAUUAG